AUGCGUGUGGAACCGAUCACCUCAAACGAACUACUUGGCCUCCUUCUUCAAGAAGAACAGAGAAUUCAUGACUCAUGCACUGAUUCUCUACUGCCAUCAGCUAAUUUUGCAGCCAAAAAUGUCUCAGACUACUCGCAUAUCCUCUCCCCCUAUCAGACAACAAUCGGUGAUCAUCCACGAUUAGUUUGUCAAAUUUGCACCAAGCCUUAUCACGAGGCUCGCAACUGCCAUCAACGACUCAAUCUCACCGCCUUUCCAGCAACAAAUCGUAAAGCAGCUGAUCGUCAUCGCCAAUCUCAAUCCUCAGCCAAACAAGCAUUUACAGCGUACACCACAAGUCCAUCCGCCCUGACUGAUCCGUGGGUGGUUGACUCGGGUGCUACACAUCAUGUGACCGCUGAUUUUGAAAAUCUCAACCUUCAAUCAGAGUACAAGGGUGCCGACAAUCUUACUGUUGGGAAUGGGAACAUCUAUAGAGAAUCAAAUUUGGGCUUGACAGAUUCAACACCCAUACACAUCAGCUUGUCAUCUCUUUGUUGCAACAUCAUUAGCGCUAAUUCAACAAACAAUAUUUCAUCAUCAUAAUCAU